AUGGGACCACCCGAAGAAACCGCACUGAAGGACGGCUCCCCCAAAGGAGGGUGGAAAUCCUGGACCACCAAGAAGAAGCUCAUUGUCCUUGCCUCUGUACUCGUCUUUAUUAUCGUCCUUGCCGUCGGUCUUGGAGUCGGUCUUGGUCUUGGUCUUGGUCAUGGAAGUGGAGGCGAAGGAGAAGGCGAAGGAAGUGGAGGAAGCAACAACAACACCACCACCACCACCACCAACGGCACCAGCUCCGCCAAAUGGCAGCCUGCUGUUGGAUCCACGUGGCAAAUCCAGCUUCUAUACCCGAUCAACGAUACCUCAGUCGACGUGGAAAUCUACGAUAUCGAUCUCUUCGAUAAUACCAAGUCCGUUAUCGAUGAGUUACACGGUCUCGGGCGUAAGGUGAUCUGCUACUUCUCGGCCGGCACGUACGAGGACUGGCGGCCUGAUGCGGACAAAUUCCGCCGGGCAGAUAUCGGAACCGGCCUGGAGGAAUGGGCAGGCGAGAACUGGCUGAAUAUUUCGUCGCAGGGCGUGCGCGAGGUCAUGGUCGAGCGGCUGGACCUUGCGCAGAGCAAAGGCUGCGACGGGGUCGACCCGGAUAAUGUCGACGGGUACGAUAACCCGAACGGACUGGGGCUCACACAGGCGGACUCGGUCGAUUAUAUGAAUUGGUUGGCCGGGGAGGCUCAUGGGCGCAACAUGUCGAUCGGUCUCAAGAACGCGGGCGCGAUCAUUUUGCCGGUGAUUGCGAACAUGCAGUGGAGCGUCAACGAGCAGUGUGCGCAGUACAACGAGUGCGACAACUACGGGGCGUUCCCGGACAAUGACAAGCCGGUGUUCCAUCUGGAGUAUCCCAAGCAAGACGAGAACAAUAACCACCUGGUGACGGGGGCGAAGAAAACCAAGGCGUGUGAUUUUACCGACUCGACCCGGUUCUCGACUCUGAUCAAGAACAUGGAUCUGGAUGAAUGGUAUCAGACCUGUUGA